UAUGAUGGGGAUGUAAUGGCGCGAAAGUUGAAUAUUAUCUACGUCUGACGUCAUCAUCAAGCAAUCAGUUUUAGUAAUCAGCUGGUAACUGGUAAUCAGUCAGUGACAGUGAUGUGUUAUGUUUGGGGGUGAGAUAGGUUAUAUGGCUAUCUUUCUAUAAUUGUUGAAAACUCCUAAACUAAACUUGCCGUUCGUUUGCUGUACGACCGUUCCACUUGUGUUAUGCCAAACUUUUCUUUCAGCUAACUAAUCAGUGAAACCACGUGCGGAUGCGGCUGCGACUGAUCAGAUGUCUUCAGUUCUUCCUUUUAUUUCUCAAAUGAAAAUGUAGGUUUAACUUCCUGAGAGUAUGAUAUUAGUGUGAGCUUUUUAAAGGACCUGUACUGGAAACUGACUAUUGAAAUGGACUAAAUUCUGUAAACCAUUAACUCCAACAGUACAGAAAACGAAGGGACCAUGUGCUUCCGAAAAUCUGUAAAAAUAUCUGGCAUCAUCACUCAAUAAACUUAAUUCGAAACCAGCCUUCUGCUGUCCUAGUCCGAGUCAAUUCAAUGCGAUGAACAACCUUGCCAAGUGUCCGAUAAUUCUUCUCGAAAGAAUCAAAAUCGAGCCUGAGCUAGAUGGAGGGGAGGAACGGAUUGUAAUAAGUGAUGGUGCAGCCAAUUUAAAAUCCACGAAUCCGGUGGUCCAUAGCGAGUCGAACCGGUCAGACCCGCGUGAAGAAGGUUCCAACCCAAGAAAUGAAUUUUCAUACCGUCCCGAAUUGAACUCCAGCUCACCAAGUGUCUCCUGCUGCAAAGAAGAAAAUGUUAUUUUCAGUUUAGUACCUCAAGUAAAGGAGGAGGAGGAUAAAAAUCCAUGUCUGUUACUCGUUCCUCAGACUUUCUCUCGAGGAAUUAAGGAGGAAUUUCCUGAAGAAGAGAGGGAUGAAACUAGCCCAGGAACUGAAUUGGAAACUGCAGAGGACAAUUACUCUGCUGCAAUUAGUGAGGAAUUUCCUGAAGAAGAGAGGUGUGGAAUUAGCUCAGGGACUGAGUUGGAAACUGUAGAGGAUGUCGAGGAUGACCAUCGGAAUGGUCGUAGUUUUGCAGCGAACGAACUCGCCAAAUCCGGAGGAAGUAAAUCAGCGGAGCGUCAAAGCGAUCCGGAAACAAUCAGUAAUGUAAAAUCACGCUCCGUUCGUGUGCAUUUGACGGACCUAUUUUCUGAUAAAUUGAGGAAACUCGGCAAAGGACACGUCAAUGAUGGCCCAUGUGUGUGUUUAUAUUGUAAAGGCGAAUUUAGAGUUACGCCAGAAUCCGAAGCAGCAACGCGCGUGGAGCCCUCCUCUAGUGUGUUUUCAAGUAGACCAAAAAGUAGGAAUACUUCCGUAAAACGUUUUCAAUGUGCCACGUGUUCGGAUCGCUUCCGUAGAAAGACUGAUUUAAGGAUUCAUUUCAGGAGCCAGAAGUGUGGUAAGCCAUUCGAACCCCCGGAAUGUACUAUCUCCGCACCCAAGCGGGUCAAACUGAAAUUGAAACCACUCGCUGCUCACUCGAAAGAACAGUCCUCUAGUUCAAAGGUAAAGUUUGAGUGUUCAAUCUGUCAUGUUACUUUUGCGUCGCAUGACUCCAUGAUGAAGCAUCUGGCGCAAUCUCAUAGUAAUCGACAGAAUGAGUGUGAGAAGUGUCACGCUAAAUUUCGACAAGCUGGUAAUUUGAGAAGACAUCUCGCAACCGUCCACUCCGGAGAACGGCCAUUCAGUUGUGAUGUGUGCCCCAAGACGUUCAAAGAGAAAUACCAACUGAAGAGUCACAAACUAUUAUUUCACACCGGCGAGAUAUUCAGAUGUAAAGUGUGCUCUAAACCAUUUCGAACGCAAGUCGCUUUGGAAGCUCACUCCAAAACACAUCUAAGUAUUAGAUCUUAUCAGUGUCAGUUUUGUCCGGCUUCAUUUAAGGCUAGACCUCAUUUAAAAAACCAUGUGCGGCGACACACUGGAGAACGACCUUAUGAGUGUGAUAUCUGCGAUGCGAAAUUCAUACAAGCUGCUACGCUGUAUCAGCACAAGUUGUCAAGACACGAUACUGAAAAAAGAUACAAGUGCAAGUUGUGUCCAUCCGCAUUUAGUCGUUCUGACUCCUUAGGGAGCCACAUGAGAAUCCAUUCCUCAGAUAAGGCGUUCCAUUGCAAUUUAUGCGAUGCCUCGUUUCGAUACAACUCGAGCCUCCAUUCCCAUAUGAAGGUCCACCACACUGAUGAACGUCCUUUCAAGUGUGAGUUGUGUUCCUAUGCGUUCAAAAGAAGACCCGAGCUUACGAAACACAUGAUAACACACAGCACAGAGAGGAAAUACUCAUGCGCUCAUUGUCCUGCCAAAUUCAAAACCAAAUUAGCCGUAAGGCAUCAUUUGCUUGAUCACACAAACGAAAAACCCUUCAUAUGUGACCAGUGCGGGAAAAACUUCAAACAGAAGUCACAACUUACAGUCCAUUUGACUAGUCACUUGACUGAGAAACCUCAUAAAUGCAAGCACUGUCCAGCCAGCUUCAAGAGUAAGUACCAUUUAAGGGGCCACAUUAAGAGGCACUUCUUGCAGCACUCCAAGAAGUUCCAGUGCGACCAUUGCCAGCGUGUGUUUGCAUUGAAAAUGUCGUUACGAACGCACAUAGCCCUCGCGCAUUCAGAGAAACGGAACUUCAAGUGUAAGCUCUGUCCGGCAACCUACAAAUAUGGAUCUUCUUUGAAAAUCCACCUUCGUUUACAUACAGGUGAGCGACCGUAUGAAUGCAAGCACUGUGAUGCAAGUUUUACACAACUUGAAAACCUAAAAUCACAUGUUGCGUCGCACCAUUCAACUGAGAGACCAUACGAGUGUGCCCAUUGUUCAGCAACAUUUUCAAGAAAGCCCCUAUUAAAGACUCAUAUUCGAGUGCAUAGUGGUGGCUCCAAGUUUAAAUGUCCCAAGUGCCUGGCUUCAUUUCGGAGUAACCAUGCAUUGAAGCUACAUUUAAAUCUUCAUAAAAAGUGAAGACUUUUAUAUCGGAAAUAAAUGUAUUUAUAGUUUUCUUUUAGGCUACAGGUGAGAGUGCAUUUACGCCUAUUUUGGAUACUUCGCCUAUUUUGGAUUAGGUACUCAGGUUCACCAGGAUGCGUGACAUUCGAUAACUCUGGAUUAAAGCCUGUGUCACUUUUUCGAAAUACUCCCUCAAAAUUUCAAGGUCAAGUGCUGUGAUUGGU